GCGAGACGUAGGGGAAAAGGCUGGAAUCCCUGGCAGUCGUAACAGUGCUGGGAUCGGGAAGCAGAGUCUCAGCGUGCGGCGUGCGGAGUCACAAAGGCUCGCCGCCGCAACAACUGUGUGCUUAUGCGAUCGCCGGUACAAGUGGACUUUCCUCAGCAUUCAUUUUUCCUGUUAAAGCUUUUUGAAAUCAGACAUCAGGAAAAGAAAAAACGUCCCCAAUAAAUAGAGCGUCAGUGAUUUUCUUACAGGACUGCAUAUAUCUGAGCUGAACACCUGGCGUUUAAAUUUUGAACAAAGAGGAGAACCACACAGCAUAAGAUGGAUCAGCUUUCUGAUGAAGAGCUGGAUCAUGCCGCAGAAGAGGACAGUGACAAGGAGGACCAGGACCUGGACAAGAUGUUCGGAGCCUGGCUGGGGGAGUUGGACAAACUGACCAAGAGUCUGGAUGAUGGGAAACCAGAGAAGGUGCAGAAGGCCCCACUCAGACAGGAGACCAACUUGGCCAACUUCUCCUACCGCUUCUCAAUGUACAACAUCAACGAGGCUCUGAACCAGGGAGACCCAGUGGACCUGGACGCCCUCAUGGCAGAUCUAUGCUCCAUCGAGCAGGAGCUCAGCAGCAUCAGCAGGCCCAACAGUGGCGCCAAGCUGAGGCAGAAGCUUCCGGCAGGCCGUGGCACUGGGGUCCGUCACGGCAGCGGGGGUGGGGGCAGCGGGGGUGGCAGCAGCGCAGGCAGCAGCAGCAGUAGCGCCCGUGCCUCACCAGCCUCCACGGUUCGGGGGGGCAGCUCUCAUAGCCGGCCACUGGCCUCUAACUUCUCCUUGGAUGACAUCACGGCCCAGCUGGAGCAGGCUUCGCUCAGCAUGGACGAGGCGGCCCGGCAGACCUCGACCUCUUCCUCCUCGGCCUCGCCCUCUUCCUCCUCCUCCUCCUCCACAGCUACCCUGCUCCGGGCCGCAUCCUCUUCGCACCAGCACCGCAGAACCGGCUCUGCUGGUGCCAUCAGCAAUCAUGAGGUCCGCUCCCUAGGGCAGUCGCCCCGCUCCAGCAUCAACUCUGCCUCUGCCGGCAGCAUGGAUUCGCUGGAUAUGGACAAGCCUCUGCGUCCCCCUGAGCCUGAGGCCCCCCGGCGGCCUGACGGCCCCCCGGGACCCACCGCUCCGCCCACAGCCCCUCAGGACCUGAGCCCGGGGCAGUCCAGUUCAGAGCACUCCUAUCUGGACAGGGAAACCUCCCUCAUUCUGAAAAACAUUGCGGGAAAGCCCUCUCACUUGCUGACAAAGGAGGAGCAGGCUGCCAAGCUGAAGGCGGAGAAGAUUCGAGUGGCUUUAGAGAAGAUCAAGGAGGCACAAGUGAAAAAGCUGGUGAUCCGAGUGCACAUGUCGGACGAAAGCUCCAAGACCAUGAUGGUGGAUGAGCGUCAGUCUGUUCGACAGGUGCUGGACAGCCUACUCGACAAGUCCCACUGUGGCUACAGCCCAGACUGGUCAUUGGUAGAGACCAUCAAUGAACUCCAGAUGGAGCGUAUCUUUGAGGACCACGAGAACCUAGUAGAGAACCUGCUGAACUGGACCCGGGAUAGUCACAACAAGCUGAUGUUCAUAGAGAGAAUUGAGAAGUACGCUCUCUUCAAAAACCCACAGAACUACUUGUUGGGCAGGAAGGAGACGUCAGAGAUGGCAGAUAGGAACAAAGAGGCUCUGCUGGAGGAGUGCUUCUGCGGCAGCUCUGUGUCCGUGCCGGAGAUUGAGGGGGUACUCUGGCUGAAGGAGGAUGGCAAGAAGUCGUGGAAGAAACGCUAUUUCCUGCUCCGUGCCUCUGGAAUGUACUAUGUGCCAAAGGGCAAAGCCAAGGCCUCCCGGGACCUAGUGUGCUUCCUGCAGCUGGACCAUGUGAACGUGUACUAUGGCCAGGACUACCGCAGCAAGUACAAGGCCCCUACGGACUACUGCUUCACCCUCAAGCAUCCUCAGAUCCAGAAGAAGUCUCAGUACAUCAAGUAUCUUUGCUGCGAUGAUGUCAGGACUCUACACCAGUGGAUCAAUGGGAUCCGCAUUGCCAAGUACGGGAAGCAGCUGUAUUUGAACUACCAGGAGGCCAUGAAGCGAACAGAAGCAGCCUACGAUUGGUCUUCCUUGUCCAGCUCCAGCAUCAAAUCUGGCUCCAGCUCCUCCAGCCUGCCAGAGUCCCACUCCAACCAUUCCAGCCAAUCAGACAGCGGCGUGUCAGACACGGCCUGCGUAAGCCACGCCCGCUCCCAGAGUGUGGUCAGCUCCAUUUUCUCUGAGGCCUGGAAAAGGGGCACACAGCUGGAGGAGAGCAGCAAGGUGAAGGCGGAGUCUGUCAAAGGUCCCUGCCUCCCCCAUCCUGCCCCUCAAGCACGAAGCAGUCUGCCCAACGUCCCAGCGCACCCCUCGCCUCCACCCCCCUCCCUGGCCCACCCUAUCCCUACUCCACCUCAAGCGCGGAGUAGUUUACCCAAUGUACCUCCACAGGCAUCACCUCUACCCCCGAUCUUAGCCCAUUCUGCCCCAGCUCCACCUCAAGCAUGGGGCAUUUUACCCCAUGUCCCAGUGCACCCCUCACCUCCACCCCCUUCCCUGGCCUACCCUGUUCCUGCUCCACCUCAAGCACGGAGUAGUUUACCCAACGUACCUCCGCAGGCAUCACCUCUACCCCCGAUCUUAGCCCAUUCUGCCCCAGCUCCACCUCACACAUGGAGCAGUUUACCCCACGUCCCUGUGCACCCCUCACCUCCACCCCCUUCUAUGGCCCACCCUGCCCCUGCUCCACCUCAGGCAUGGAGCAGUUUACCCAUAUCACCUCCCCCGCAGACCCUGCCCCAGCAUUCCCCACCUCAAGCAUGGAGUGCCUUGGCCAGCAGCCCUGGGCAGCAGUCACCCCCACCCCUGAUACCUGACAUGCCAACGCAGCCAUCACCUCCAACCCCAACCUCCACCUCAUUCCCUCCCCCACCUCCAGCUCCACCUCAGGCUCGCAGCAGUUUCCCCAAUGUGUCUGCUCAGCCGUCGCCACGCCCCCCUCCCCCACCACCUCCUCCACCUCCACCUCCUCCACCUCUUCCCAACCAAUCCCACCACGCCACCCCAACCAUGUUCGCCAAGUACAGCACCAUCACCCGCCUCAAGAAUGCUUCACAGGCCAACAGCCAAUUAAAGCCUUCCUUGCUGGCUCAGCAUCUAGCAGCCCCUGCCCCACCAUCCCAGUCCAUCAAGCCCCAGCCACCAGCGGCUGUCAAUGUCCCACCCCCACCUCCACCUCCUCCUCCACCUCCAAUGCCGGCCCCUGGCUCUGCCAUGGCUGUGCUGAAGCUGGGCCCUCCUGGCCAUACCAUGGCCCAGCCCACCACUCUGCUCCGCCCACAGCCUGUACUUCCCACUGCUCACCUGCAAAGCAAUGGUUUCCCCCCUCCACCACCACCCCUCAGCAGCAACGGCCUUCAGCAGGUCCUUGCCCAGAGGUUUCCCAAUCUUCCACUGGAUAUUUCACCGCCUGCCAGCCAUGCAGUGACACCACCUCCUCCUCCCCCACCUCCGCCUCCUGCUCCAACUCCACCCCCACCACCGCCCUUACACAUGCCAGCCCCACCCCCUCUUCCCCCAGCUAAGACCUUCUUCGGUGGAUUUCCACCCCAGACUGCCCCAAAACCAUUCGGCCUGCCAUCAUCUCCUCUGCCUUCUGUCCCACCAGCCCAGCAUCCUGUGCCACCUCCGCCUCCUCCCCCACCUCCUCCCCCGCCUGCUCCAAUGAAAAAGCAGUACAGUCUUUCUUCAAGUAAACCCCCACCCACCCUCCCUAAACAGCACAGCCUCUCCUCCAAAGUUGGGGUAACUUCCUCCACCCCUUCCCUGGUGAAGCAGAUAGUCAGCCAGUUCCCUAAGUCUUCCUUGGCUGCCCCUAAUACUUCUGAUUGCUCGAAGCUCAUGGGGCCACCAUCGCCCCCUGCUGUCAAGGCUAAGCCCAAGUGGCAGCCGGGGGGGCAGCCCCAGCAGCUGUCUCCUGAGUUUCCCCCGCCUCCUCCAGAAGGCAAUUUUGACUUCCCACCUCCCCCUCCUCCUGCACCAGCUCCUCCUGCUCCAGCUCCUCCCCCUCCUCCUGCUCCAGCUCCUCCUCCACCGCCUCCUCUCCCACCAACUAUGGGGUCGCCGUUGAAGUCCACCCCAUUCGGCAGCGUAGUGAAGAAGCCACCCCCGGCCCCCCACCGCAACACCAGUAUCAAGUUUGGCUCUUCUGAGCACCAGGAGCCAAAAAAGGUGGAGAGUCUGGUGAGUAGGUUCGGCCAGCCAUCUGCAUCUGCUUCACCUACGUCCUCCUCUGGCCCUCCCUCCAAGGAGCCCUCUGUGGGCCCCAGAGCGCUGCCCAAACCAGGCAAGCUCAGCCUCUCCAACCUGCCCCCAGCCCUGCAGGCCUUAGCUGGGCAGAACAGCCAAUCCGGUGGUGACUUCCCAUCUCCACCACUUCAGUGUGACUACUUUCCUCCUCCCCCGCCUGACUUAGCGCUCCUGCCACCUCCUCCUCCGCUUCCAGCCGGCCCUCAGAACGGGUCCCCCAGGGUGGCCGUGGUCAACCCCCAGCCCCAGACCACCUCCCGGAGUAAGAACUCAUUAACGAAGCCCCCCGAGCUCAUGCUGUCCUGCCGCAAGAAUUCCAUGCCUGAACCCCCGCCCACCUCCCCACCCUUUCAGCAUAUGGUGCCGCCCACCUCCCCCAAAGGCAACUUCCUGGAGGACCUGAGCAGGACUCUGAAGCGCAAGUCUGUCAGCAGGCAUGGUUCCCUGCCCUCCCCCCAGAUCUCGGACCAGCUGGAGCCCAUGGCCACCAUGGAUGACAUGGCGCUCCCGCCACCCCCCCCAGAAGCGCUGCUGGAGCAGAAGCAGGGCAGCUGUGCUUCAGGGAACAUCUCAGGCUAUGCAACGUUGCGCCGAGGGCCCCCGCCUGCACCCCCCAAACGGGACCAGAGCACCAAACUGACUGGGGACUGGUAGCAGUGGAGCCUGUUAAGCCCAGAUUGAGAACUGUGGAGCAUAUUUUAGAACUUUCCUCCCCAUCAUAUCCCACCAUGGACUGUGCAGUCUUCUCCUAUUUCAACUAUUCCUAUAAUCCUGUAAAAAGGCAAACCAGACCACUGAUAGGCUUUUCUGUGUAAUUGUGCCGCUCUGUAUUAAUGGUGAUUUCACAAACCAUUACCAAGAAUGACGACUUCUGCAAUAUACUGGUACUGCAUGGAUUCCCCUACAUGUAUGAAGACAGUGACUGGGUCUGUGGAAAAGUGUGUUUAGACUAUGGGCUGAGGCAUCACUUUCAUCUUUGCUUUUAUAUGAAACUAUUUAAUACAUGUGAACUCUCUUGUUUUAUUACAGAGAUGCAUUUUUAAAUCCUGAAGAGAAGAAGCGGAGUCUAGCGGAGCGUAGCGCAGUCUCCGCUCUGCGUUUUGCGCUGCAGAGCUGGAUGGGGAGCAUGUGGCAGGUGAUGGGCUGUGAACUGGGACAGGGGUCUCCCUGUGGCAGUCGCAGGGGCCUGACGCGGUUCCUCCCACAUGUAGUUCAAGUUCAACCUGCUUUUUUUUUUUUUUUUUUUUUUUUCUUCUUCUUCCUCACAAAGGAUCACACUUUCACCUACUGGGAACACAAUCACUGUACGACUGGAGAUGUGAUGGCUUAACAGCCAUCUGGGAGAUGACAUUCCUGAGCUGAUGGGGUGGAGGGGGCUGUUGGGGGCUGUUGGGUUUCAUGUGCUCUGUUUGCGUUGCUCCUGGUGCUGUCUGUCUGUACGCACAGCCGCCGCUCCUGGCGGCCAGGCAUUCCGUCCUUCCUCUGUCGCAGGGGCAUAAGGGACUAAAGCUGACAGCAUGCUGUCGUGCCCCAAGAACACCUGCCGGCUUAGGGAUGCGUGAUUUGAGUGCAGUAGUUUGCUCAGAUGAUUUACCCGACAGCAGCCUGUUACUGCCUUCCGUGCAUCUAACCAUCAGCUCACAACACUACAUCUCAUGUGCAGCACGAAGUGGCCUCCCUCCCAGGACCGUUCAGCAGAUUCAAGUUACGAUUACAACGGCAAUUACAAUUAUAAUUCCACAAUGGACCUGCCUGCCAAUUUUCAACUGUUUUUAACCCAUAACAAAUGGAAACGUUCAAAGGACUCAACCCAAGAGAAGUAGCUGAUGAUAAAUUACAUGCAUCUUGUUCCUUUGUGGGAGAAAUUUGGUUAUAUUACAAUAUAUCAUUGUUUUUUUUCCCCAGCCUUCAAUUAUCUAUAUGUGAACUGAACAUUAAGUUAUUGAAUAUUGUAUCCUAUGUUGGAAACAAAGGGAGAUAUUUAAAUUCAGGAACAUCUAGCAUAUCUAAAUAACUAAAUAAAUAAAAAUCAGAAUGUCUCUUGCAUUUAAACUGAAGAUCACAAUAUAAAUGUUUAAAUCCUA